ACAAUGACAUGCAGAAUAAUUCGUGGAUCAGCGGCCACUGCUUCUUCAUCCAGCAGUCAGCGGUGUUCAGUAACCACUGUACAAGACCGGUUUGGCACGGCAUCUGAUGUCGGAAUGAGCAAUGUUGGGCUGUCCAAUGAGCAGUGCAGAAGUGACCAGAGGUCAUCUCCUGUGCUUGUUUCAAGAAGUGGGGCGCACCACCGAGAUAAAGGCCAGACAAACACGCUACCAGGGAGUGCUGAUGCUACAGCUUCUCAGAAACGCGUGCUGUCGUUGCUCCACUUCAUCAGGUAUGAAGUUCAAGACCAUUCGGGCCUUCUAACGCGCAUUCUGUCAAAGUUAGACAGAAACAUGACGAAAAAGUUGAGUAGACGUCAGCCAACGGCAAGAGCACUCCGGAAGCCGUACAGUGCUUUAUCACUGGCGAUUUGACUACGAAGACCUAUUCUGACAGCCUGGAAUAUAGCUGCGUCUCCGAAGUCUGGGUCACUGAAAGUCAGCCGGUAACUACGGUUACAAACACUUAUGUAUACGAAAAUUAUACUCGUUUUGGUUAACCCCAACAAGUAUCACUUUCGCAAAAGAUGCUCAUGAUUUAUAGAAUCGAAAGCUUUUGAUAAAUCCAAAGAAAGCGCAGCAGCUACAAGGUUCAUGUCAAGUGGAGA